AUGGUAAGACAGUAAAAAAUUGAAGCUAAUUAUACUGUGAGAUUUUAGGUUCCAACUAAAAUAGAGGAUGAUAAGCCUCCUUUAGAAAUACAUUAGCCUCAUAGUUAUGCAAACAAUAACCUCUAAAUAGUCUAAAACAAACAUAAUAGUAAUAUAACAACUGAAUCAAAAGAACACUAUCCCAAAGAAAAUCCUUUAAAUUUUGUAGAAAGCGAUGAUGCUGUUAAUAAAUAAAAUAACAGCGGCGGCUCUAAUAAAGAUGAUUCAGAAAGUAAAGUAGAUGACACUUCCACAAUUGAUCGCUUGAAAUACUUGUUCUCAUAAAGGUAAAGCGAAGUAGAUCAAUUAUUCUAAGAAGUCACAGAUAAGAGUUUGGGAUUAUUUGACAAAAAGUCUAAAUUCAGAUAAAAAAUAUUCAAUUUUUAUCACUCACUGAUUAUGAGAUUACUUUUGAUUGCUGCUACUAUUGCUGAAAUAGUUGCUUAUCUUAUGUUUGACUACUCAUUUAGAAACACUGGUGCAAAUAUGUACGAUUUAAAAAUUAAUGAAGUCAGUGAUUUUAUUUAAUUUAUAUGCAAUUCUUUUUUUUCUUUGGAAAUUCUUUUGGGGAUUAUAGCACUCGGCCUUGUUUAAGGUAAAAGCGCUCUCUUAAGAUAGUUAUGGAAUAUUGUACUUAUUCUUAUUUUGUUUUCUGGCUGGAUAUCAAGAUUUAGUGUGACUACUACUGUAUUCAGCAUCAUCAAAUUUUUAAGAAUUCUUACAUUUUUCAGACUGUUUCCUGAGUUAACUAAGAAAGUUAAUGCCUUUUUCAGUAGUUUUUAACAUUUAGGAAAAACAUUUUUUCCUCUAAUCUGUGUAAUUUUGCUUUAUGCUGUAGUAGGGAUGAGCUUUUUUUAAGGUCAUGUAGAAAGCAGAUGCAGAUUAACCGAACAUCCUGAACAUAAUUCAGAUAUUUGGGAAGUUGAUGAAUCCAAUUAAUAUCCAUGUGGAGUUCUUGAGUGUCCUAAAAAUACUUUUUGCGGUAAUCCAGCUGAUUUUGGUUUACCAUUUAAUAAAACUGAAGCAAAGCAUGAAACUUUAUUAUUUGGGUAUAACCUUUUUAAUAGUAUAGAAUGGGCUCUCUUUGCUGUUUACAAUUUUUUGAUGGUAACUGGAUGGGUUCAAACAACAUAUAUGUAUUGGAGAGCAUAGGAUAAAGCUGUUUCAGCAAUAUAUUUUGUUUCUUUGGUACUUUUCUUAUCUUAAAUUAUUUCAAACAUUAUCUUGGCUACAUUAUAUGAAGGUUUUAUAGAUGAAACAUCAAUCAAAAAUGAUAAAAUUUAAAAGAAAAAAGUUGGAAAGCAAUUUUCGGGCAGCGAUAAAGAUAGCAAUCUCAAUUAUAUUCAUCAAGAUAGUGGUUAGCAAUUUUAAAAGAAAAAUGCUGUGAUCAACUUUGAGAGUGAGGAAAACGCACAUAAUUUAAGUGAUUUAAAAAUAAAAAAAGAAAUCAUAAAUAAUGCAUAAAAUAUAAUGGUUAAUGAUAUAAAUUCCGAUAAGCAAGACAAUUUUCAUGUAGGUUUAUCCAAUUCUAAGAAUCCCUCCAAUUAUAAACAAAAUAAAUAAUUAAGUUUAAUUUACUAAGGAGAGCAUAACAAAUCUGAUGGCUCACUUAAUAAAAAGUCAAAUAUUUCAGUGAAGUCAGAUCGAAACGAUUUCAAAGAAGUCAUGGCAGCCUCUCCUAUUAUUAAAGCUAUAUUUUUUUUAAAUCUGCUCCUUUAGAUUGCUAAUCUCUGUUUAGAUAAUCACUGGAUAUCUUAGAAAGCUUAUAUAAUUCUAAAUAAGAUAGAUUUUGCUACAAUUAUUAUUCUAUUUUGUGAAAUAAUUUACAUGAUUGUUUUUAUUGGUUUUUAAAAAUUCUUUAAAGAUGUUUUUAACUGCGUAGACUGUUUGGUAUUUUUAGCUCAUUUGACAUCUUAUAUUUAUGAAGGAGUUAACGGCUAUGAUAUAUUUAACCCUACUUUGUAAAUGUUCAUACUUAUAAGAUGCACAAAAGUCUUUAGAAUCUUUAAGAUCUUUUUCCACUAUGAAUUAUUCUAAAAUAUGACUGUCAUUUUAAAAACUUACCAGUAGACCUUAAAUUCAAUACCUGAAUAUAUUAUUGUUUUUUGCAUAUUAGUCAUUCUUUUUGCACAAAUAGGAAGAGAAUUAUUUGCUUACUCGUAGCCUCAUGACGAUCACCAUGUAUUAAGAGUUAAUUUUAAUACACUUCAGGAUAGCUUACUAGCUGUUGUACUUAUUUUUUAUAAUGAAGAAUGGCAUAUUUCAAUGUAUAAUUUUAUGAGAUUUGUCGGAUAUCAAAGUGUGAUUUAUUAUUUAAUAUGCAUGCUGAUUGGUUGGGUGCUCUUUGUGAGAUUAUUUAUUGCUAUUUUUAUUAGCCAAUUCAUGAAAUAUCUGAGAAUUAAUGAAAAGGAAUAUUAUAAGAAAAAAAAUCAACUUGAUACAAUUGAUAUGAUUUUCAGAAGAUGCUUUUUAAGUAUUUUCAAUUUAUGUUCAAAGAAAAAUUCAUCUUAAGUUCAUGCUAUUCCCACAAAACUUAAUUACAGUUUAGCCACAAAGAUAGAAAAUAUCAAUUAAAAUGAUGAAUAAAAAGCUAAUUAAUUUUAAUGCAUAGAAAAUGGAAUUACUGCAAGCAAAUAAUUUGAUGAUUAAUACAUCUCUUCAAAUCCUAAACCAAUAUCUAACUAGUAAAUAGAAAAACAAAAUGCUACUUUAUAAAAUGAAAAUGAAAGCUCGAGUGAGAGUUCAGAAAAUUCUGAAGUUUAAUAGGAAGAUUUUUAGACUUUUAGAGUAAAAAAGAAAGCACCCACAAUUAUAGGAAUUAGAAAAAGUGUUCAUAAGCCUAAUAUAUAAAUAAUAAAGAUUAAUGGUCAAACACAUGUUAGUUUCUAAUAAUCAUAAUCUGCAUUUAAUACAAAUAGAGAUGACUUUAACUCAUCAAGACCAAUUAUGGAAAGUUAAAACUAAGUAUUUUAAGAAAAAUCUAUUAACAAUGGAGUGAAGUCAAUUACCUCUAUACUCUAAGAUGACUAUAUCCAACCAAAAGAAAAUAAGAAUGCUCCGCCACUUAACUUUUAAAUUAAUCAAGGUUUUUAACAAUCUGAUGCAUUUUUAUCUCCAAACUAUUCUUUCAAAAAAAAUAGAAAUAAAAAUUUUUAAUUUGAGAAUAAGAGUUAAGAAUAUGAAUAUCCUUAGCAAGUCAAGAAAUAAAACUAACGUUAGAAUAGCGAUAUCUAGUUGUUAGAUUUUAAUUUUAGUAAUUAAUAAACUUAGAGCAAUAUUUUUUAGAGUAAAUAAUCUAUCAUGACUCCAGUGCCUUCAUAAUCUCUUGUUCAUAUUGCUUAAGAAAUUUAUUCUUCUGAGAUGGUAUUUUAAAAUGUAUCAAACAAAGUAAUGGCUAACUAACAAUAAAUGUAAGAAAAAAAAUAGAAUUAAUAAAAUCAAAAUAAUUAAUAAAAUAAUCAAAACAAUUAACAAAAUAAUUAAAAUAACCAACAAAACCAUUAAAAUGGUCAAAAAAAUGCUUUGGAUUAAAAUCAUUCCACAAAUCAAUAAUAAACUAGCUGCGAAGACAUCUCCUUAAAUUUAUUCAGAACUGAUAAUAGGUUUAGAUAAAUUUGCUCUAAUAUCUCUGAAAGUAGUAAAUUUGACUUUCUUAUGGUUUUGACAAUUAUAGUUUUUGCUGGUAUACUUGUAUGGGAUUCUCCUUUCUUAAAUCCAAAAAGCAUACAAAAAGAUAUUAUCAACAUUUCCUACAAAGUUUUAGCAGGAAUUUUUUUGUUUCAACUUUUUAUACAUCUUGUUUAACAUGGUUUCUUAUUUAAUGGUCCACGAUCUUAUCUUAGAAGAAGUCUCCUUUCGAUAUUAGAUUUUGUAACUACACUCGCAGUGUUGCUUUACAUUUUAAACAUCACUUCUAAAUCUAAUUUUGUUUUCAAGUGCAUUGCUAUCUUUAGAGUUAUUUUUUUGUUAGCAUUCCUAUCAAAAUAUAAUAAGGACAUUGCAUUUGCUGGAAGAUUAAUGGCAUACUGCUCAUCAAGAAUGUUUAAACUUAUUAUGUUUGCUAUGAUUUAUCUUUUAAUGAAUGGAAUCAUAGCUACAAAACUAUUAAAAGACUCUGGCUGGAUGUGCAAGCAUCUCUAUUAUCCCUCUUCUCAUGAUAUAAUAUCAAAGCAUGAUUGCUUUGAUUUAGGUGGAGAUUGGAUAGAAUCUGCAUAUAACUUCAACUCUAUUAUAGAUUCACUCUAAGUGCUAUUUAUGGUAUAGGCAUCUGAAGGAUGGCUACAGAUUAUGCUAGAUACUUUUGAUUCAAACUCUUCUUAAUUCUAGAUAAGUUACAAAUAAUAAAGUAUCUGGGCUAUUUUUUACAUUUAAUAUUUCUUUAUUGCUAAUAUAUGCAUCCUAAAUAUGUUUGUUGGCUUAAUCGUAGAGUCUCUUUUAGAGUUGAAUGAGCAUGAAAGCGGAACUCAUUCUUUGACUAAGUAACAGAAAGAGUGGUUUUUUAUUAAGAAAUCUAUCAGAAAACUUAUUCCAAUUAAAAAUGAAUAAGAACCAAAAAAUAGAUUCAGACUUUUCUUUUUUAAAAAUUUAGUCACUGGAAAUUCUUUAAAAAUAUUUUUUUACUUUUUCGCUGUUUUGAAUGGGGUUUCCUUUUUAUUUUUUAAGAAUAGGAUGGAUUCCGAUAACAUGAUGGUUUUAAAGAUCAUAAAUUUAGUCUGCUUAAUUAUUCUGGGUGUUGAAAUUCUAUGUAGGAUGAUUAGUUUAGGGAUUUUAAGAUAUUUCACUAUAAGCAUGUGGAAUAAUUUUGACAUUGCAGUAUUGAUAAUAGGAAUGAUAAAUAUUGAUUAUUAAUUUAAUCAGCAUAUAACUAUAUUCUCAAACUAUUAUAGAAUAUUUGAUGGCAUCUCUAAAGGUUUGCAAUUGAUUAGGUUAAUUAGGGUUUUCAAUCAUUUCUUGAUCUUUAGAAAACUUCUUAAUAGCUUAAAUUACGCAUUGUCUUCUAUAUUAGGAAUAUCAUUAAUUUUAAUAGUCUUUCUAUAUACUGCCGUCCUUCUCUCUCUUAAUCUCUUUCCUUAUUUAAAAUUUUAAUCAACAAUUAACGAAUAUGAUCUAAAUUUUUCAGGAUUUUUCUAGGCUCUAUUCUCAUUCAUAAGAAUAGUCACUUUAGAAAUGUGGUAUCUGAUUCCUUUUGAGGCCUCAUAAAAAAUGGCUCCUAAUUUUGUUUGCAGAGAUGAUAUGUACGAUUAUUAUGAUUUUGUUAAAUACGGCUUUCAGUCUUGUGGUUCUGUCAUCUCUUACCUAUUCUUUUAUGUUUUUUUCCUCAUAUUUACUCUGAUUAUAUUAAAUUUGUUUGUAGCCACUAUUAUCGAGUCCUAUAAGGAGGCCUUUAGUGCUGAUGAGUCUGCUAUCAAUCAUUAUCAACUUGAUGAUAUUUUGAAACUAUGGACAAAAUUUGAUCCUUAAGGCAAAGGUUAUAUCAGUUAUAAGGAAUUUUGGUAAUUUUCUAGUUAAAUUGCUAUUGUUUAUGGUGUUAACAGUGAGGAAUUCCUUGAUAUUGAAAACAAAAGCCAAUUUCUAAAAUCCCUAAAUAUUCCCAUCUACGAAGAUCCAAUUGACAAAAUAUUCUGUUACAAAUUCCAUGACGUAGUUGAAAAACUCUCUAAGAUAUCUGUCUAAAUUAAAUACGGUGUUAAUAAUCUUGAACCUAAAAACUUAAAAUUGAGGGAAUCUCUUGACAAUCAAUGCAAAUCUAAUACAUUAAAAUAUGAAAAAAAUAUUAAAGAAACAGAGUUUACUAGUGGUGAUAUGAUACUUUUAAUUGUAUUGUCUAGAAAAGCAAAAAUAUGGAAGAGAUAAUAUGUUUACAAGCAAAAAGGCGAUACUAAUAUUUUUCACAUUUAGUCUUUGUUCUAAAAAAUAAAGAGCCAAAAGUAAAAUUUCAUAGAAAUCAUCAAAAAACAAAUAGAAAAAGAAGAGCAAGAAGAAAAAGAAAAAAAUUCUAAUAUUUAAAAACAAUGA